GAGGGGGGGGAGUGAUUGAGGCUCAGAGUACAGAAGGGGAAGAGUCUGGAGCAGAGCCGGGUGUACAGUCACUGGACAGAGAAGCAUGGAGCAUUUCUUGGAGGGUUGCAAGGCCGCCUUACAGAAAAAAGAUGGUAACGACUUCCACGUGGUCCUCGGGAAUGAAGCCUGUGAUUUGGACUCCAUGGUUUCCGCUAUAACCCUGGCCUACUUCCUCUCCAAGACCUCUUCUAGUAAAAAUUUGGUGUACAUCCCAGUAUUGAACAUCCCUCGAGAAGACUUCCCACUCAGGACAGAGUGCAGCUUUUUCCUGCGAGAAAACGGAAUAUCCGAAGAUCUGUUGGCGUUCCGCGAUGAAGUAGACCUGGCCGACCUCUAUGAGUCGGGUCAGCUGUCGUUGUCACUGGUGGAUCACAAUGUGUUACCCAGGUCUGACUCGUACAUGGAAGACGUGGUGACCGAGGUCAUUGACCACCGUGUUUUUGAGCGGAAGCCUUCUGCGAACUGCCGGGUCACUGUGGAGCUGGUGGGAUCCUGCACCACUCUGGUGGCGGAGAAGAUCGUUCAGGAGGCACCGCAAAUCCUGGACUUCCAGCUUGCAUCUUUGCUUCGAGGUACAAUCAUAUUGGACUGCGUGAACAUGGCUCCAGCCGCUGGCAAAGUGACCCCAAGAGACACAGAAUACGUCACCAUCUUGGAGUCGAAGUUCCCCAAUCUGCCUCAGAGGGACGCCGCUUUCGACUCUCUGCAGAACGCAAAGUUCGAUGUCUCAGGUCUAAGUACGGAUCAGAUGCUGCGGAAGGAUCUGAAGGCCCUGACAAGUCGUGAUGUUAGUCUGGCCGUCAGUGCGAUCUACAUGCACAUAGAGGACUUCCUGCGGAGGGACGGCUUGGAGAACGAUCUACAAACUUUCUGCAGAAGAUACGGCUACAAUGUCAUCGUGGCCAUGGCCAUCACCUUCACCGCCGAGCAUGAGCCCAUCAGGCAAAUUGCAGUGUACAGCCAGCAGGGGGAGCUCAGGAAACUGGUGAGCAGAACCUUGAAGCAAGCCACAAACCCGUCCCUUGACUUGUCCCUGACCGGCCACGGACCUUGCAGUCACGUGACCGCCUACCGCCAAGGAAACACUUGGGCGUCGCGUAAAAAAGUGCUGCCCGUCUUGAAGGACUUCCUGAGGAAGAUCGACGGCUCCUCCCGACCCAUGCAGGCGUUCCAGGAGGCCGAGGACUCCAAAGGGCAAAGUUUGGACAACCAUUUUGAGGUGUUCCCGGCCGAUGACGGCGAUCAGCCGGACUCCCAGGACAGUUGUGCCGGCGGGGAGGAUCCUCGGGGGCGGGACUGCUGGGCCCGUUUCGGGAAACAAAUGGAGGACGGAUUAGAGGAUGAAAACUCCUUCCCGCCCACUCCUAUGAACAGUCUUGUGGAAGGAUGCCCCUUGGACCGGGGUCUACCCAAACUGACGGCGGAAGCCAUCUUGGAAAGGAUAAGCCGUAUAACUGUUGGGGAUUCGGAGGGAAAUGUCACAAAUGGGAGCCAAUGAUGAUGGGGCUUUAAAAAAAAAAAAAAAUGGGGGCUCCGGGCAAUAAUAUAAAUAUAUAUCUCAAGGUACUUCUCCAACAACAAUGCAAUUUUAUCUUUUUUGAUAGCAGCGCACCAAAUUCUGGUUUUAUUUUUGAAUCGCGAUCGUGGCAAACGUUCUAUACGUAUAGAGAAGAGGAAAAACUGCUCUUGUUGCCUCUAGCAACCAACCGGACUCUUUUUUUUUUUUUUUUUUUUU